AUGUAUCGAAAGAUAUCAGCAUCAAAAUUUGGAAAAGAAAAGCAGCAUUUUGUAUCGGAUCCGAGGGAAAAUAAUGAAACUAAUAACUUUGAUUCUAGUUAUUACCAUGCUAUUCGGGCAUUAUAA